UUGGAGAAAGCGAAAGCCCGAGCCGAGCCGAGUCGAGCCGAGCCGAGUGGAUCCGAGCCGAGCCGAGCCGCGCCGCGCCGCGCCGCCUCCAUCAGUCCCAGCAGCCCAGCGGCCAGCGGGGCCACUCUAGCCGGCAGGAGCACCGCAGAGACGCCGCUGUUCCCCCACACGGCGGACACCCUGGAAGUGACGGAGCGGCCGCAGACGGAUGGACGGCAACACGGACUUCAUGUGAACAUCGUGACGGCAAGAUGUGAAAUGAACCCGGAGAAAACAGCGACGGAGGCCAACGACAUCAUGUUGGUCCGGGGCUCGCACGGCCGCGGCCGAGCCAAAGUGACUCAUGCGGUGGUGGUGAUCUUCCUGGAGUUCUUCGCCUGGGGCCUGCUGACCACGCCCAUGCUGACCGUCCUUCAUGAGACGUUCACUCAGCACACCUUCCUGAUGAACGGCCUGGUGCAGGGCGUCAAGGGCUUCCUGUCAUUCCUAUCUGCUCCUCUGAUUGGAGCGCUGUCAGACGUCUGGGGCAGGAAGUCCUUCCUCCUCAUAACGGUCUUCUUCACCUGUGCACCCAUCCCGCUCAUGAGGAUCAGCCCAUGGUGGUAUUUCGCUCUGAUCUCGGUGUCGGGGAUCUUCGCCGUGACCUUCUCGGUGAUCUUCGCCUACGUGGCCGACAUCACAGAGGAGCAUGAGAGGAGCACGGCGUACGGCCUGGUGUCGGCCACCUUCGCCGCCAGCCUGGUGACCAGCCCGGCCAUCGGGGCCUACCUGUCCGCCAAGUACAGCGACAGCCUGGUGGUCCUGGUCGCCACGGUGAUCGCCGUGGCCGACAUCGCCUUUGUGUUCUUCGUGGUGCCGGAGUCGCUGCCGGACAAAAUGAGGCUGACGUCCUGGGGCUUCCCCAUCUCCUGGGAGCAGGCCGACCCCUUCGCCUCUCUGCGUCGCGUGGGGAAAGACACCACAGUGCUGCUGAUCUGCGUCACUGUGUUCCUGUCCUACCUGCCUGAGGCCGGACAAUACUCCAGCUUCUUCCUCUACCUGAGACAGGUGAUCGAGUUUUCCCCGGCAGCCAUCGCCGCCUUCAUCGCCAUGGUGGGCAUCCUGUCCAUCGUCGCUCAGACUCUGUUUCUCAGCGUCCUGAUGCGAACCAUCGGGAAUAAAAACACAGUCCUGCUGGGUUUGGGCUUCCAGCUCUUCCAGCUGGCCUGGUACGGCUUCGGCUCCGAGCCCUGGAUGAUGUGGGCAGCAGGGACAGUGGCAGCCAUGUCAUCCAUCACCUUCCCAGCAGUGUCGGCCCUGGUGUCGCGCAGCGCCUCACCUGACCAGCAAGGUGUGGUGCAGGGCAUGAUCACAGGUAUCAGAGGCCUGUGUAACGGUUUGGGUCCGGCUCUGUACGGGUUCAUCUUCUUCCUGUUCAACGUGGAGCUCAAUGACAUCGAGCCGGUGGCAGGAAGACCGGCGCCACGCCCCGAGAAGUCGGUGAUUCCCGGCCCUCCCUUCCUGUUCGGAGCCUGCGCCGUGCUGCUGGCCCUGCUGGUCGCCAUCUUCAUCCCCGAGCACCACCGAUUGGCCGACAGCAAGACAGGCUCCGCCCGCAAGUCCAGCAGCGCCUCCACCGCACACGCUCAGAACGCCAGCCCUCUGGCCACGCCCACCAGCGACACAGAGGACAUCGAGCCGCUUCUGCAAGACAGCAGCAUGUGACUGACAGCCGGCGCGGCCAAUCACAGCCUCAGCUUGAGCCCUCCCCUGCUAGCCCCGCCCACUUCAGAAUAAUCCUCCAUGCUGGGUUGCACCAACAAGGAUUAACUUUUAAGACAGAUUAAAUCCUAGUUUGCUCUUACGUUUUGUUGCACCGAAUUUUAAAACUGGUUUCAAAUUUAAACCUCAUUUUCGUUUAAACCCAGAUUAAAUUUAAUCCUGUUACACCUCCAAUUCAAACUGAAGACCAAAAGAAUCUGCUCAGGUCGAACCUCCUCCAGUUUAAGUAGAAAUCGAAAACCACAUUUCAGUUUAAACUUCAACAUGAGGAGACGUGACUUUUAACCCUUUAAAACCUGAGAUUCAAAUUCCCCCGAUCCGUUUCAGAAACCUGGGAAAAAAGGCAAUUAGCCAAAAAUUAAACAUUAGAUUGAGUUACAUAAGUUUCAUAUGAGUGAUGCUGGAUGCUCAUCAGAUUUGUUGUUUUAAAUGCUCGUGAAAGGGCUGCAUUCACACACCUUUCACAAGCAUUUCACCCCCAGCUCUUUCACUUCAGUUCAAAACUUGGAUUUACUGAUCCAGGUUCAGUUUUUAACUGUGCAGCAGAGCUCAGCUGCAUUUUAAAUCUGCUUUACUCGUUUUAAACCAGAGCUAAUGUUAGAUGAGCUGAAUCCUUGCGGGUGCAGCCUGCGGAGUGGGAGGCAGGCCGGCAGCAGUCAACCUGCCACAUCCUUUAUCGAUCCUUUUUCCUCCGGAGUGAGAACGUAUCCGCUCCACGUCGGCUCACAGGACCAGCUCUGUGUCGGCGCUUUGUCGCGGUGAGUUUGGAGAACCAAACGGCACAUUUCACGCCGUGGAGCUCACAAAGAUGAAAUGAUGAAAAUAUUGUUUAUGUGAUGAAGUAAAGAAUGAUAAAAAAUAGAACUGAACUGAUAAAUGUGGUUGUUAAAGCCCCGCCCCUUCAGUGAUUUCAUGACCUCAGUCAUUUACAAAACUCCUCUUGAAAUCUCCACCAAUCACAGUCCGAGUCAGAGUAGCCUCACCUGUGCAGCAGGUUUGGCCACGCCUCCUCCGCUGAGCUGCUCCUGUAGGAGGCUGAUGAAGCUGAUGAAGCAGCUCUUCAUCCUGUGGCAGAACUCUGUCACUUCAUAGAAACUCAGUAAGAACACAUGGUCUGUUCAUGUGUUGUUAUGACGACAGAAUAAAUCCCUGUCACACAGACGCACAGGAAAAGCUUCACUGACUCGUCUGUUCCAACAUCAGCCAGGAGACGCUAAAGAUCCUUUUUUAAUAAACGUGCAGGAUGACGGUGUGAGAUCAGCACGCCGCAGCAUCACAGAUUUCAAAUGUAUUGAUCAAACAUACAAAACACAUGGACUUUUUAUUAGUGGAAGAAAAAAGACAUCCAGUCCAGCGACGUUUUUCCUGCAGCUUUCUGUCUCUGGGUUAGAGACAUGCUGGAAAGAAGUGAUUGGUUGAGCAGGUGCAGCCAAACCAGGCCCCGACUCACCUGCUGCCCAGAGGCUGGCUCUGAUUGGUGGAGAGAAUUACACAUCACUUUUAGGACCAGGUCACAAAGCGACCUGAGGUCAGGAGGUCACUGCAGGCAGCCUUAAAUAUGAACUCAUUUUGAUCCACAUCAUUCAUUUGAUUAAAAACUCUGAAUUACAUCAGUUCAGUUUCACUUUUAUCAUUUUUAAAGUCCCUGAUCAGUCGUUGCGGCGGGUCGCUCCGGCCUGAGGAGAGCCUUCCCACGGGACGCCGCGCUGUGGUGAAACCGUGUGGGCGGGGCCAUGAAGUCCAUCAGAGGACGAUGGCAGGUUGUUUCUCGCUGCCAGUCUGACUGCCGCCUGCAGUGGAGUCUUCCCCUCUGACUCCACCCCUGAGGUUUGCUGAGGCGGGGAAAAUCAAACACUCCUGUACAGGAGCAGCAGCGAAGGUCGAGAGCUGAGGGCGUGUUGGAUUCGCUGCACGGCCGAGCCUGCGUACGUCACAAACAGACUGUUGUAACCCCCAACCUUUUACGGAGCGGGAGAGGACGGCAGCGUCACACCCACUCAGGAUUCUGGGAUACGACGGCGGAGAGAUGGAGGACAGACGGGACCUGCAGGCGUUUGAUUUGUGGACCUGCAGGCUCCCGUCGUCAUGUUUCAUGUUUCUGUGUUUCUGCCUGGGAGCUCCACCCGGGUGGAGGCCAGGACUCUGCUGCCGCCUCCAGGGGGCGGCGUGAGCACACAGGCCAGCUGAUCAGGAUCCCUGCCGGCUUGUGUGUGUGUGUGCGUGCGUAUGCGAGUGUGUGUGUGUGUGUGUGUGUGUGUGUGUGUUGAUCAGUCUCGGUCAUGGACCAGUCAGACCUCCCUGUUCCAGUCCAGUUUUAGCAGCUUUUCCCGGCUGUAAAAACGGAACGGCAUCCUCCACAACGCCGUCACGGUGACACCGACAACCAGUUACUAUAGCAACAGCCGUGGAGCUAACAUGGCCGACGGUGAAGGCGGUCGGACCGUCUCUCGGGUUGCGAACGGCUGUGACAUCAUCGUCCUCUCACCUCCUUCCUCACCCAGAAUGUUUGAUCCGGAGGACAGAACUGAUGAGAAAACAUCGAUAUCUUUAGGAACUAGUUUGAGCUGUUUGAAGUGCUUUUAGGUGCGCUUGAUUUAUCUUGCCAGUGUCUCAGACAGCCCCUCGUGUAUAAACUUUUUUUUUCAGGAUAAGAUAUAUCAAGCUCUCCUCAUCUUUUUUUUUUUUUCAGAUACUUGAAAUGUGUUCGGCUACAUGAUCCGAAUAGCUUUAUGUUUGUUUUGACGGGGGAGGGGAGGGAGGGGCUGAGUGAUGUUGCUCGGGAACCAACUGAAUCCUAAAAAGUGCUACUCCCACCCACCUGCCGUACCAGGCGGGACAAAUCAAGCGCUCCAGGUUACUGAGUUAGUUUCUUUACAUACACGCGGCUCAGGCCUGGCGGUCUGAGUCCCUCUGAGUUACUGUGCGGUGAGACCCGCGUGGUUCGGCCCGGGACGGUUUCAAAUCCAGUUUCUGUGGUUUGACGUCCGAGCGAGUCCCACGCGGCGCCGUUAGCGUACGAGUCGUGCCAUGCUUUCUUUUUCUCGUCACUUUUGUUGUUUUUUGCCUUCGUCUGCCUAAUGUGUUAAAUCUGAGCGAGUGGGACCGGAGUGUUGGACACUGAAAGUAUAAAGGUCAAGGGUCAAACCAAGACAUUCCAGAUACCCCCCCCAGCCCCCCAGUCUGAAGCAGAGCCGCUGGCAGCCAUUUCUGUGAUGUUGAUCCAGUUGAUCUGGGUAGAUGAGGCAGAAUCUGUUUACAUCUGCAAAAUCAUCAGAUAUCAUCAACAACCACACGGAUGUUCAUCUAAUAGAAACAUAAACAACAUAAACAACAUAAAGCAACAUAAGACAUAAGCAGUUCAACUCCAAGGCGACACAUCUCAAAACGUCUCUGUCCGGUUGCCGUGACGUCUUGUCUGGUUUUUUGGCUCUAAAUUUGCAGCAGUGACCUCACAGCAUCACCGGUUACUAUAGCAACGGCCAACGGUGACAGCAGCUGUAGCAGAGCUGAACUUAACUGCACUUUAUUUGUCCAAAUACAUAUUACGAUAAUGAUAAAUCCAUCCCGUGACCAAGUGCUGAUGACCUGCAUAACAAACCUGCACGUAAACAUUUAACCACUUAAAAACAAACAAACAAACAAAACAAAAAACCGUGCGGCUCUGCUGAGCAGCUCACGGCUCGGUGUCUCAAAUAUGAGCACGUUAUCAGAUAAAGGUGUGACUCAUACCUGCAGCCGCUUUGAUCCCAUCUGAUCCCAGAGCUGACUCAUCGUCAUAUCAUCACAUUUCACCGCAGACCUCCGGACUCGGACGCUCGUUCGGUUUCAGUUUAACCUUUUAAAGCCUUUCAGACGUUUUACUGUCCCCUCUGAUUAGUUUCCCCCAGUGCAUCAUAACGUUCAUGUCAUUUAAUUCAAAACACAUUAAUGACAGUUGUAGUUUAUUGUAAUUUGUUUGACUGUUUGGUGUUUUUUUUUUUUUUUUUUUUUGCUGAUUUUCUAAUUGUCAUGUUAACAUUUUAAAAAACCUCAAGUUCACUUGAUUUCUUUCCAAAACAGGAGACAAAAAAAGGCAAAUGAGCACAAAAUUAUAAGAUGGUGCUUUUUUAAAAACUUUUCUUUUGGGUUUCACAGAGUCGAUGCUGUUCUUCAUGUUAGAAACAUUCUCACCUGUUUGCCGUUGUUGCUCCAACUGGACUCAAACGCCACACACCAUAUCAGCAUUUAGCUGCGUUGCCAUGGUUACCAUGUAAAGCUGCUGUCACCCUGGGCAGCGCAGGGCCGCAGGUUAGUGGGCGACGCUGCCUUCAAGUGUAGUGUCGGAAGCUUGUAUUUCUGACGUACGACUUGGUGGUGCGUUCAAGUGCUUUGGUUGGAAGUACUGGGUAACCAUAAAAAAAAGCAUUAAAACUGGAAGUAGAGCUUUCUCUCUGGGUGGACUUUUUGAAUAUUGAUCAGGAGAAAAAUCAGUUUUGUCGUUGACUGUUUUCCGGCUCAGCUCCGGUUUUCCCAAACCGAACCUCAGCUCGCCUCCAGCAGCCGGCACUGCUCUGCUGCUAAAGGCCUAUUCCACCCUAAAAUAUACACAAAAAAAAAGUGACAUGGGUUCCAGGUGGCGUUUUGCAGUUUCAGUGUUACGUUGUGUUUUCCAGACACAGCCUGGUGUGUUUUACACAACCGGCUGCUGGGAGAGUCUCAGUGACGUCAGAAUAUCAGAUCAGACCAGGGGAAUUAGGGGAAUUAGGGGAUUUUUACUUGAAUAUUGUAUCUGUUAUUUUGGUACCUCACAACACACAUUCAUUUCCCAAACUGAUGUUGGCAUAUCCUGUACAUCUUCAUCAGUUUUCUCAUCAUCAUCAUCAGCUUAUCCAAGUUACUUACAUGUCAUAUGCAGUAUGUUGCAUUCAGGUGAAAUCGUAAACUCGAGCUGCCGGCCUCUUGCUGAUGAUCAGUCAAAAGUGAUUCGACAGCUCGUUCCUGAUUGGUUGUAGCAGCAGUGUGAUGUCAUCCUGUUUUCUGCUUUUUUUUUUUCCUAAUAUGACCUGAACACAACACCGUGGUCACAUGUUGCAGCUCCAAAAAAAAAACAACCCCCCUCCUGUGUUUGCGGGGGGGUGAUGGUGUGUUUGAUGUGACCCUAAAGCCCAGGUCAGAGCACAGGAGUUUGAAACGGGGCUGCACCUCCCAUCUUAUCCUCUCUAAUCUCAAACGUGCACACACACACACACACAAAUACCCUUCACAUCGCCAGAUAAUCUGGAUCCGCAACCCUGAUAAUCUGGACCUCUCUCAUUACUACUUAAUCUGGAUUGGAAACCCUUCACAUUAUCAGGUAAUCUGGGUUGAACAUCGGUACCGGCCGAGGUCCCAGAGCAGAUUUCUCCUGAAUCCGAAUCGUCCCUAAACUCCUGUAAUCUGAGCCCGGCUUCACAGGAAGUUCAUGUUCAAAACGUCACGAGGAAUCAGUGACGGCUGUCGUCGUGGUUUUAAUCCCGUCAGAUUACUGUGAGCUGUUGCUCCUCUGACCGGACCGCAGAAGGUUUCCCUCCCAUCGGACUGUCCUGAUUGGUUAAUUUUUCUUUCUCAGAGAUGAUUGAUGUCACAAACAGAAAAAUGGACCUAUAUUUUUAUAUCCAGCCCCCCACCCACCCCCAGAGUGCUCCCUGUCUCUGCUGUGGUGACCGAGCUGUCCUCCACCUGCCAGGGCACGGACACACACCUCUGAUACUCUCUCUCUCUCUCUCUCUCUCUCUCUCUCUCUCUCUCUCUCUCUCUCUCUCUCUCUCUCUCUCUCUCUCUCUCUCUCUCUCUCUCUCUCUCUCUCUCUCUCUCUCUCUCUCUCUCAGUUGGUCUCCAUGUUGCUGCUCUUGGUUCUGCUGGCUUCCUGUCUUGUCGGUCCCCUCAGGUGCUGUCAGCUUUGAUAUUUCAGUCCCAUUUGGCCGUCCUUCUGUCCUCCUAAAGGAACACUUCAACGUUUUGGGCCUGAGACCAGAUGUUGGACACCAUUUCCACCUCUGGACAUCCCAAAACGUGGGAGUUUUCUUUUAAAACGGCUGAAAUAAGACAUCACAUACAUCAAAAUAUCACUGAGGAGGAAAUGUCUGUUUUUUUUCUGCAGAUGUUGCAUCACUGCAGUUUGACAGAUGAUUUGUUGGAUGUUCAAUAUCUCUAUUAUUUAUUUAUUUAUUUUCAGAUUUGUUUCAAAAUUUCAAGUCAGGAUGCCUCAGUAUCAGAAAGAGUUAAUAUUAAUGUGGGAUGUAGAAACUAUUGAUUUUCAUGAGACUACAAAGGGGCGGGGCCUGACGCCCUUAUUUGGGCUGAAACAUGGCACACUUGAGAGGACCGUAACCAUAGCAACAAGGCAGCGACCUGCAGGGCGGCCCGAGCCAGCCGCCUCUGAAACUGUGAAGUGAACAUGAAUUAAAAAACAGAAACCCAGAAAUGUUUCCUCAACAUGAAGCGUCUCAGCCGCCUGAGCGCCGGGACGGCUGCUUUUGUUUUUGUUGUUUUUGUUUUUUUUAAUGCAAUUUGCUCUUUCCGUUCUGUCCCACAGAAACUUUCUUGUAACCGAAAACACACUUCUAGAAAAUCUUGGAGUGUUUUUCUCCUGCGUGUUGAACGGUGGUUUCCCUCAAGCUCCGCCUUCACCUGCACUCCUCCUCCUCCUCCUCCUCUGUCCACACAGAGCUCUCAGCCUCGUCUUCACUCUGCCUCCUGUUGGACGUUGUUGAGACGUUUGGAGGCAGAUUUGCUCUCGUGUUCGUAGCUAAACUCUCCAAACACAGCUGCCGUGCGCUCGCUCACAUCCACAACGCGGGUUUGUGUUCUCACGUUUAGAGAUUUGCAAAAAAGAGACAUUUUUAUGUCUCCGCUUUGUCUUUUUCAUCCUCACUAACGGAGCUUUGAAGUUUUGGAAAUGGAAACACGGGUUUUGGUGUUUGGAGGAGGUUUCAUGAUGCAGCGUGGCGAAGACCUGCUGCCGUCGACCGCGUGGACAGUUUGAUGCAGUUUGAUGCAGUAACCGUUAGCUCAGCUGUUGGAGUGAGUGGAGCGGCGGGUCAGCGUGGUGCGUUCAGUGUCCACAACACAAAUCCAUGUUCACUUCACACGCUCAGAGACCGCGCUGGGAACUUCCUGUUUGACAGGAAAGCAGCCAGAGGGCGCCAACAUGGCCGCCGGUGAAAGCAGCAGCAGCUGAUCUGAGUUCAGAGGCUCUGGACCUCCUUUUGUAUCGCAACACUUCUUGCUACGUACAAAUAUAAAUAUAUAUAUAUAAAUAUACAUGAAUAUAUUGCUAAGAUUUCCACUAUGGCUAGUUUAUUAGCCAGUGAUAACUGCUAAAUCAUAAAGAGGAGACCCCCCCCGCCCCCCCCACCUCCCGCAGUGUACAUGAUGCAUAACGUUGCUGAUUGCUGCACUUUAUUCAUUUCAAUGAAAGUGUGCCUCUAAUUCUUCAUGUUAAUACCUGUUGUCUUUUAUAAACGGACGGUGAAUGACGUCGACGUGUUGUGUAUUUGUAAUUUGCUUUCUCUUAUCUUAUUAAAAACCAUAAUUUUGAAUAAUAUCUAUGAUAAUAUUAAUAAAGAGAAAUGUAUGGAAUUUGA